AACACGAAAACAACAAUGGCCGCAGCUCUUGACACACUGUUAUAGCGACGACAAAAUGGAAGGUAUUUUUGGGAGAAGAAGAAACCCCUACAUCGAUCCCGUGAUCGAGGAAUCAGAGGAGGAAAAUUUUAAAGAAAAAGAUGAAAAAGAAGUGAUUUCUGAUGCUGAUCAGGAACUUGGAAUUAUCAAUGAUGAUGAUGAAGAAGAAGAGGACGAGUAUGAUGAGGAUAUUGAUGAACUUCUUGGAGAAGAUCAAGAUUCCAGAGGUGUUAUUCCCUGGCAAUCUGUUGUGGUGAAAAAUGCAAGACCCCCACACCCAUUGACUGUCACUCAUGUCAACCAGACCAUCGACUUAAUGAGCCUCAAACAUGCUGAGUCUGUUACUGCCUCUGAGCUACAAACAUCAGAGGAAUGGCUAAAGUUCCACAGCCUUGAGUAUCUUCAACUCACACUCAAGGACCUGGUGGACAAGGGCAAAGUUGGAAAUUUACAGCCAGACCAUAGGACAGGGAAACCAUCACAGCACAUACAGUUUGAGGCUUACAAUGUCAACGAGUUUGAAUAUCGACUGAACACUUCCAUAGAGAUGUACACCAAAAGGAUCAAGUGGCUCCUACAGGGUAGUAAACGGGUGUUUGGUAACAUCAGAGGCAAGCGUGUUGCUGUUCUAGUGGACAACUCUGAUGCCAAUGCUGGUUUUGGGAGACUUACAACUUUUCAGGAAUCUCUGAUUCACAUGUUAGAUGAGCAGUUUUCCACAAGGACGGCGAUUUACCUGAUGUCGUUUGGGACAGAUAUUGAUCCUCUUUGGCCGGUCUCUCGUGAUGUGAAUUGUAGGAUCAUAGAGGAGGCCAAGGAGUGGGUAAUGAGAAUGAAGGCGUCGGGUGGCUGUAACCUCCUGAAGGCCAUGAAACACGUGAUGAAGAUCCAGGACAUAGACUCUGUAGUCAUCAUCCUUGGCAGUGUGCCUGACCAGACCUCGGAGAUACUCUGUGACUACAUUCACCAGAUGGGUGUUGGAGAGGAGAGGCCACUUCAAACUGUGGCAUAUGACUGCAGUAACCACCUCACCAAUAUUACCCUGAGGCACUUGUCGGAUGCAUCAGGAGGGAGUUACCAUUGCUACACCGCCACCUGUGAGGAGCAGAUAUACACAGGUACAGAAAUCAGUGUCAUACUGAAAGAGAUUCAGAAGUGCCAGGACGUUAUUAACAAGAUCAAAGAGAUGCGCAAUGGAAUGAUGGGCAGUGCACUCAUCAGCAUCAUGAAUGAGAUCACCACGGAGGUAGCCAAGCUGCCCCAGUCCCGUUUCCUACCCCGUCCACCAGGUCAUGACCUUCCACUACGCAUAGAAAUGCCAAAAUUCCAGCCCAGGACUUCUAUAAAUUGGAUCCAGCAGCAUGGUCUUAAAGCCAAACGUCUAGACUUGUACCAGGUACUGGCUCCUAAUGCAUACUCCUACAAAGAGGAGUUCAUCCCUGUCAUCAAAAAGGCUGUCCAGUCCCAGGUCCAUGAGAAAGCCAUGGUACAGUUCCAGUGGCACGAUGGGUCCAUGAAGAACAUCCAUGUGGACAUGACCCACCUGUUUGAGUACCAGAAACAACUCAAUGAGGUAGUCAGUCUGUACGAACGCCGCAUCAACUGGCUAGCCUGUGGCAGCAGGAGGCUAUUCGGAUCAGUUACUGAGAAAAAUGUUGUGAUCCUAGUUGACAUGUCUGUGUCCAAUGUUAACUACUUGGUCCACAUCCAGCACUCUCUGAGGAUAAUGUUGGAGCAGCAACUUGCCAACAAAAACUUCUUUAACAUUGUCGCGUUUGGUAGUAAGGCAGUAGGGUGGCGUCCCAUCAUGAUGAAACCAACUACUGAGAAUCUGCAGGAUGCUUGGAGAUGGGUACUGGACCUACAAUGUGGAGGCAGCAGGAACUUCAUGUCUGCCUUCAAACUGGCCAUUGAGAAUGAGCAGGAGGCCAGUCACCACAUAGAACCAGAGGGAAUAUACCUGUUUACCAGUGGCGUGCCCGAUCAAACCCUGGAUGUGGCUUCAGCAUUCAUUGAACAGGCAACAUCGGGCAAAAAUGUCAAACUGCAUGUGGUCCUGUUCAAUGUAGAUGAUUACAAUUCAAAUGGAGCCAUUCCAAGUCGCUACGCCAACAUCACCAGGACAUCGGAGGUUCUAAGAAACAUGGCACACUGCACCAACGGGAGGUUCCAUUGGUUCAGAGAAACAGGAAUCAUUGAGAGUGAUGACAUCCAACACAUUACAGCUGAGAUAGACAAAUCACUCAACUUCUCCAGGAAGGUCCAGAUGUUGGUGGAGUCAGUCAAACAGAAGUACAGAGACAGAUAUCACCAUCAAUACCUAGACCAGAUAAAAGCAUUACCUGCCCCUGAGUUCUCCCAUCUGAAAGCCCGUAGCCUGCCUGCUCCAAGGCUGCCUAUCGAGAGUGUCAAACCGAGGAGUGCCCGUACUGAUUAUGAAACAGAGACAAUGACAUCGCUACGUCUGCGGCGACCGACAAGUGCUACUACAACCCGGGAGGCUACAACACGGACAUCAACACGAGAGCGACCUAUCUCAGCCAAGGACCCUAUGGCUCGGGUCAAAACCAAGAAAGUAGUAACUUCAAGUUUUUUUCUGGACGGCAAAGGCCAGACUGGUGAUGGAACAGGUACAGUGUUUAGGAAGUACCCGGCCACGAAGUCCGUGAGGAGAGGGGUGGUGGAUGUCACUAUCCCAGACCAUGAGGACGUCCAGACAUCCAAAGAGUGGCUGAGGCUGUACAGCUUGUCAAAGCUCAAACUCGACCUCAAUCGGAUGGUGUCUGGCCCUGACUGUAAACACAAGGAGAACAGUGUGAAAAGUCUCCACAAAAACGUCUCUGCAAAGUAUUGUGACAUCUUCCCCACGGUGAACGUUAAAGGCACAAUGAAACACCUGCAGUUACUUCCUCAUGAGCUGAAGGACUAUGAAGCACAGACAGAGAAAGUCUUGCGACGCUAUCUUAAACGUCUGCAAUGGCUGCUCAGUGGGAGUCGACGGGUGUUUGGGACAUUGAUCCACAAAAAAUGUGUGAUUCUAAUUGACACGUCUGGGUCAAUGGACCCCUACAUGACUGAGCUGAAGAAGGAAGUGGCCGCCCUGAUCUGGGAUCAGCUGUAUAGACUGGGAGCCAGGUUCAACCUGAUGAGGUUUUCAGGGGAAUGUGAGGUCUGGAGCAGUAGUAUACAGCAUGCAACACAAGAGAACUGUCACAGGGCUGUCAACUGGACAUCCAAACUGACCGCUGGCGGUAACACCUGUACAUUAGAGGCUCUCAGGCUAGCAUUCCAGGACCCCGAGAUUGAGGCUAUCUACAUGUUGACUGAUGGUAAACCUGACUCCAGUACCACGCUGGUGUUACGGGAGGUGGGAGAGAUGAACAUGAACAGAAACGUACAAAUCAACACCAUCUCCUUCAACUGUACAGACAGCACGGCUAAUAAUUUCUUGCGAAUGUUGAGCAAGGAGACAGGUGGUCGGUUCCAUAAGAUUCAGAGUGACUUUGAUGCCCAGCUGUUUGCCCAUAAACUUUUAACAGAGGGCUUCAGCGACACUGAGUACCCCCACCUUCCCGAGUUUGAGGGAGAUGAUCUACGCAGACUUGGAGCAGAAAUAGCUACGGCGCGACGCUUCCUUGCACAAUCUAGGCAAUACAGAGCACUUUACCAGUCAAAAGUAGCACAAACUGAUAAGACAGCGAAUAAUAAGCCAACAGUGACGCCAUUUGUCGUUGGAAAACCCAGAACAGCCGCCCGGUAAUCCUUGGCUAUAGACUGUGUAUUACAGUGUGUUGAUGAGAAUCCGUCCUUGUCCAGUUGAUAACGACAGACAUUUCCGGAGGCUGCAGGGAUGUUAACGUCCUCAUGUCAACUCCCAGAUCAGCUGUGAAUACAUAACCUGUCAAAACUAGUCAUUGGUGACACCUGAAUAUCAAUCUACCUAGUUCUGUGAGCUCGUAUAUACAAAAGACUUAAUAGAUUAAUCCUGUGUGAACAGGUUUUUUAGUGGAAAUAACAGAAUUAUGUACACUUGCAACAUAUAUGUAUAUCCAGAGAUAAACAUUCGAGCUUUUAGUAGUAGUGUAUGCUGUUGUUCUAAGUAGUCCAUCCACACAGACAUGUAUGUCUAACUUUGUAAAUCGCCUGUUGUGCAGUAUUCCCUGGAUCUCCUCACUGAAGGAUUGAAUUUUCAGUAUUAGGAUAUUUAUUACAUUUUUUUGAAUUCUAAUAGUAUAGCUACGUAAGUGUUGAGGAGCUCUCAUCCUUUUUGUGAUGCUUAUAGCUGGUAAUGGGGUUAUUUUAGUCUGCUAUACGUGUAGCAUUAUACAUCACAACAGAUCUAGAUACCCGGUAGUACCAUACAUUGUUACAAGUAUUAAGGAAUAUUUGAAAUGUGUAGAUAAAUAUUGCUGCAGCUGCUAUAAUCAUGGUUUAUAUAAAUGGCAUUAAGAAAAGGAAUCUUACUACAGUGUUAAAACCUCAUUUCGUUAAUUUCGAAGACUGUUUUUGGUCACAGGGCAAGAUAUAUUCCUAAGGGUUUUACUGUGUUUACUAAUUUACUGAUUACUAAUUAAUAAAAAGUAAUUAAUUUCAGAUAAUGUUACAACCCUCAAAUUGUGUCUUGCCCUGAGGUUUUUCCACCAAUGUGGUUCGGAAUGGUUUAGCCAGCAGCUGUUACAUAUUAACUUUAUUCUGGAGUAAAUCCUUGAAACCUGAGCCCAGGGAAAAUGUUGUAGCUGUCCUUUCCUUGUUUGAAUCCGUCCUGAAUAACUUGUCCCUACGCCUUACCCAUAAUUAAGAUAACUAUGCUAGUUUACACACACACACACACACACACACACACACAUACAUGUAUAUGUUUAUAUAUCAGAUCUGGGUGUGAGUUAUUCUCCAUUAAACAGGUUAUUUUUCAACAAAGCCUGCUUCGGGUCAAACAAAAAGGAGAAUGUAAACUUUACAACAUUGAUACAUUGAACUUGACAUUUACAUUUCUUAUACGCUUUUAUAACCUAUUUGGUGAAAAAGUUUAUCAUUUUUCCUUAUUCCAUGUACAUGACAACUGGUGUAUAUAUGUAUAUGGACUGUUGAUAUAUGCUGGUACGUAUAAUUGUUAUAGUUCUGCCUACUACUACAUGUAACAUUUCAAUGAUUGUACUUUUUUGUACAGAACAUUCCUUUGCAAUGUACAUAUCCGUAUAUACAUGUAUAUAUGAUACACAUUAUACCCUGUAACUCCUCAGAUUGUCUGUGAUAUGUUUUUUGAAUUUUACAGUGACAAGUCAUUUGCAUAAAAAUAAUAAUCUAUAACGUUGUAGAUGUAGUUUUGAAAGGUUGUUUGAUUUCAAAUAAAUGUGAAAAUCAAAACUCGAAAUCCCCCCCCCCUGCAUUCAUAAAAUAUUGUGUCAAGGUAUUUUCAAUAGGAUAUAUUUAAUUUGCUCCUUUCAAAGUAUCACACCUGGUCACUCUUGUGGCACCUUUUGUUGUAUUCCAGAUUUGGAAGCAACGUAUUACUUCAAGCCUUUUCAAUAAAUCAAAAAUUAAAUUUCAGAAACGAUACCAUUUCCUUUCAUUGAACUUUUCCAAAAUUUCAUGUUGUUAAACGAAUCAAAUGGUUAGGCUUUGAAAAGUGCUAACAUGAAGACUACAAGACAAGUGGAAUAAGUGUGGAAAGGUUCUCACAUAUGGAGCAAAAGAUCAGUUUUAAUGGUUUUGGGAUAAAUCUUUUAUACAAAUUUUAUCAUUUACAUUGUACAUAAUUCAUCGAGAUAAUAUUCUAAUAUCAAUUUAUAUAAUAAAUGUUUUUUAAAUAUAUUUAGCUUCAAAAGGAUUUUAUAGUCGUAUUUUUUGUUUUUGAUAGACCUACAUUUUCUAGAAAAUAAAGUUCCAUGGUUCCAUUGACAAUAUGCAGGGUAUGUACUGGUACUUAAGCCUGCAUGAUUGUAUGUCUCAUGUUAAUGUGGAGAUCUUAUUACUUCUACAUUCCUUAUUAAAAGAAAUAAAGACCAAUUACAGUACAGUAACA